AUGAUGGGCCUCUUCAACCACAAAAGCCAUCCCGACUCGGCCACUACCGACGCCAAACCCGUCGAGACGUCACGCUUCAACACACAAGAUCCUUCGGUCCGCACCACCGGCAACCCGAUGCACCUCGAUAUGAACAACAAUACGGCCGUUGCCAGCGGUGCCGCGGACUACAGCAACCGCGACAGCAACGUGACGCGCAACGACGCGAACUUUACUGACACGCGCCACCACAUCGGCCCGACCCACGGCCACGGCGGCGACCACAACAGCAACCAUCAUUCCAAGGCCGGGAUGGGCUUGGGCGCUGCCGUUGGUGGCGUCGCUGGUGCGGCGGUUGGCAACCACAUGCACGACCACCACCACAAUCACAACGAGCAAGGCCUGCACCAUAACCGCGGCGGAACCAUCCCCGGUGGUCCCGGCAUGGACGCUGGCAUGACCGGUGCUGGUGUCGGCGGAGCUGGAGUGGGCACGGUGGACCCGACCACGAUGAUCGCUGAGGAGCACAACAACUUCCCCGGCACCAAUCCGCAUCCGGACCACUCGGCUCUCAGUGGCCGCGGUACAGGCAGCGGGCUGGCGUUCCCUGGUCGCGAGUAA